AUGACUACGCCGAACAUCAUAUCCAUCGACCAGAAUCGUGGGCCCUCCGCUCCUGAGAUUGUAGACUACAUCCACCACCAUCUGGAUCACAACGCAAAUUUCCCCACAGAACGACAACUCCUUCGUCGUUUCAUGGACCAACGCAUUGCUCAAGGCUUGCUAGCACAUUCCUCGGAUCCCACUUCAAAUUCCGAAGAAGUGCCCUUCGUCGACACCGUCAAUACUUUUGGAUUGAAGAUCACUAUCGACGAUUUUUUGGCUGGACUCGGAUACAUCAUCUCGCUCGCAGAGCCGAUUUUGCCUCCUUCAGGUGAUUUCGAUUGGCAGACUGAGCAUCAGAUACACACAAACCGGCUCGCUGCUUUUGCCAACUGGGCUCGGAUUGUCCGCGAGACAUAUUUUAAUGGUCGCCCAGCUGCCGCAGGAACCCGGAGCAAGGCGACUUUCGGAACCUGCGACGAAGUUGACUACCUGGUUGUCAGUCCUUGUUCAACAACCGAAUGUCAUUGGAUUAUUAAACCACUCCAGGCCGACCUUGGUGCCAGCGAACAGUCGGAAACCAACCCAGAUGUAGACACGGACUGCACGAAUGAUCGCCAUUCGAUACCUUGUUCGACUUGUGUCUUUGAGAUGGGGAGAGAGUAUUCAGGCCCGCACUAG